UACCAACCUUGAUGAAAGGAUCCAUGGCUUCUGAAAAAGGCCAUCUCUUGAUGUUCCCGUGGUUAGCGUUUGGCCACCUUCUGCCGUUCCUUGAGUUCUCCAAAAAAUUAGCAGCCAAAGGUGUGAAAGUGUCCUUUGUUUCUACACCAAAAAACCUCAGGCGAUUGCCUUCCAUACCUUCCGACUUGUCAGAAAAAAUAAAGCUUCUGGAGGUCCCCUUGCCAUCAGUUGAUGGACUGCCGGAAAACUCUGAGUCCACCAUUGACAUUCAACCGGAGCAAACACAGUACUUGAAGAAGGCAUACGACGGGUUAGCAGGACCCAUGGAGAAGCUCCUGCAGAAUGAAAUGCCAGACUUGAUACUGGUAGACUUCUUAGCUCAUUGGGUUCCAGAAAUUGCCACUAAGGUUGGUGUACCAGUGGCCUUUUUUAGUGCUUAUACAGCUGCAACGUUAGCUUUCUUAGGACCACCUGGUGAGCUUAUCUCUGGAACACAACGUAAAGGUCCAGAACAGUUCACAAGACCACCAGAUUGGUUCACUUUUCCUUCUCUUGUAGCCCACAGUCCUCAUUAUGCGCCAACAGCAUUCCAAAAUCUGCACAUUCCAGACAAAUCAGGUCUGUCUAGUGGCCAACGUAUUGCUAAAGUUGUUCAAGGAUGCAGCUUCAUUGCACUGAAAAGCUGCAAGGAAUUUGAAGCAGAAUACAUACACCUUCUCGAGGAACUGUAUCAACGGCCUGUUAUACCAGUUGGUGUUCUCCCACCAGUGCCUACAGGAAAUAAGGACCACACAAAGUCCAAUACAAGGUGGUCUAAAACCUUUGAAUGGUUGGAUCGACAGAAACCCAAGUCGGUAUUAUUUGUCGGCUUUGGGAGCGAAUACAAGAUGCCAACUGCGCAAAUUCAGGAAUUGGCUCAUGCAAUUGAGCUUUCAGGGCUACCUUUCAUAUGGAUUUUAAGAACACCAGAGGGAGCAGAAAACCUAAACUUACUGCUUUCUGACUUUCCUGCUCGAACCUCAAAACAAGGGAUGGUUUGUCCAGGUUGGGCACCUCAAAUGGAAAUACUUGCACAUUCUGCCAUAGGUGGAUGCCUCUUCCAUUCUGGUUGGGGAUCUAUAAUUGAGUGCCUUGGAUUUGGACAUCCACUUGUUCUCAUGCCAAUGGUAUACGAUCAGACGCUCAAUGCAAAGCUGUUAACAGAAAAGGGAGUAGGUUACGAGGUCCCAAGAAAUCUAGAUGGUUCGUUCAAUAGGAAACAUGUUGCUGAUGCAAUGAGGCUGGUAAUGGUGGAACCACAGGGAGAAGAAAUAAGGUCCAAGGCAACUCAGAUGCAAACAAUUUUCGGCAACCAAGAUCUUCAUGAUAGCUACAUCAAUGAGUUCAUUCAGCACCUCAGAGAACUCCAAGUUCUCAAGACAACGUAAAUGUCAGUCAAGCUCCUGAAGAAUACAACUUUCAUGCAGGCAGUAACAUGAGUACAUCAACUGUGGUGCACAUUUGGUGUAUGCAAUAAGAUGAUAAACACGUCUAAUUUGAACCAACAACUGCGAGGAGCAGAUAAAGCUUUCUCAUGGGCAAGCUGAUUACAAAUUUCACAAACUGAAUAUGCUUCUUUUCCAAGCUACAUUGAUCUUAGAAGAUAAUAAUGCAACACAUUCUGAAACUCUUGAAUAACUGUAAAUGAUAGAAUAUAGUUGUCACAUGACGCUGAGAGUUAUUCAAAGAAAUCACUCAAACUUAAGCAUCUACAGAAGUUAUCCUUUCACCCAG